AUGCAGCCUUACCUGUCCGAUCCCAUAUCCAUAGCCCUCGACUGCGCGGCUUUGGGGGUAGGCGAUGGGAUGGGAAUCCCGCUCGGCCACAAUGACCUAGGCAGUGCCACCAUCUGCAAAGUCCUAGGCCUUGUUUCUCAUGACAAGAAGGAUUCCGCCGUGUCUUUCAUGCAGGGCAACAGCGGGCCCUGUGUUGCCCACGUCAACAAACCCUACGGAUCUUGCAUCCUCUACCAGCAACACGAAACACAGUCGAGCUGGAAAGGCUUCUACCGAACUGGCACAACGGUCACUAUUCACUCCUUUGAUCUCAAGACCGAUGUCAACGUCACGGCCACUGGGUGGCAGGGUAAACAUGCUCCUGAGCUCUCCCUUCAGGACAUAACCGCUCGCUGGCUGGAUGGAAGCAUCAAAGAGGUGGUAGCCAACUUCCUUCCCUUACCCUACGAAGGGAAUGGGGGUUUCCCUGCGUCCUUUCUCAACCCAGAGGCUUUCGCUCACAUCCCCGAUAUGCUCAUUGGUGAAGCUCUUCAUGAUACCGCUGAGCAGAAGCAAUCUGCCAAAGGCCCAAGAGGCAAACACAUGGCCUGUAUUAUAGGUCAUUGGCGCCAAUCAUCUCCUAAGAUCACCAAGACCAGGUGGCACAGAAACAAUGAACAGAAGGUUCAGGCUGUUUUGUGUGAUCCUUUGUUCAAACUCCUAAAUCAGUUCAUUAGGGCAGUUCAGAGUAGCCGCAAGGAAAAUGAAAACGAAAGUGAAAGUGAAAGUGAAGACAACGCGGGAAAGAAGCCCCGUGACGGCGACACAGCGGAGAACAAGGAUGGCGCGUCGUGGGGUACCAACAAGAACCCUAAUGCACGCUGUUGGAAGCUGAUUGAGCAGCUCGAGAAGAAGGAGCAUCGGAAGGUCUUGAUUGGCCGCAAAAAGGGCGAGAAAUCGUCAGGUGACACGAAAGUCGCUGUGUCAAAUGCGAUAGCACGCGUUCUUUGGCCUAAUCUGGCCGAACAGGAGGUACCGGAGUGGGGAAAAAAGGUUCUGAACAAGAUCAAUGCCCUGAAGGCACUGUAUGCAAAGAAGGUGAAAGCGAUCAAAGUAACUGGCGGCGGGCUUUCAGAUAACGAGUCCGGUGAUGGGCACGGUGACUCUGAUGAUGAGAAUGGCCCCGAACAACGCCUGCGCUGUUACAUCACAGCAGAAGGUCCUGAUGGGAGCACCCCCGAGACGUACAAGAACAUCUGGGAGCGCAUCGAGAAGGAAUUUCCGCCCUUUCCACGUCUUCACCGCUUGCUUGCAUCAAAAGCGAGCAUCAACCCACCUUCGGUUACGACUGGCAUUGGGCCGCAUGGGCGUAAGACUGCUUACUACCAGCCGAAGGAUGAUGAUGCUGAGCGAGAGGAACCAGGCUCAUUACCGCACACAGAGGUGGCAGACGGUAACAACCAACCGUUUGCGCCAGAGGGGCCUGAUGCUGAACAGCCGCACCUUCCUGACCAAGAGCCUGCAGUGCCAUCAGAGUCUGGCUCAGCCCCGCCUUCACCGUCUGCGUCUCGUGCUCCGACAGCAUCCUCAUCCGCAUCGCAGCCUGCACCUGUUCCAAGUCACAUCAGUCCUGAGAAGUACCGCGAUAUCACAAGCAACUUCAAGGCAGCGCCCAAGCCUAGCAGCGGAAUAGGAGAUGUUCUUCGUGAGGUCACUCAGUUGCAUACAGAGGAUGCGAAGUUGGAUCGGGCACAACGGGCUGCUGAUGCUGCAGCCCAACGUGACUGGGACGAGAUAAAAGAUUUGCGGGAGGAGAUCCGAAGCCUCCGCGCAGCAGCCUCUGCAAAGCACGAUCGGCUUUUGAGGCAGUUCACCAAUGGCAUGCUCUCACAGGAGCUCUAUUUGCGUGAGGUGGACAGGGUUGACAAACAGAUGGAUGCGGAAAUUGCUGAUCUACAGGAGGAGAUCAAAGAGAUCAAGGAAAAGGCUAAAGCGUAG